AUGUCGGAUAAAACGUUGACACCUGAUUCACGCUGUGCAAAAAUAGUCUGGCUUUCUUUCUCCCCCUACAGACUUUCACUCGCCAUGGAUGUACGAUACUGCCACUACUGCCGCGCGAUACCGUGCGAUUGGGAGACGUACGGCAGCGAGCUCGUUGAUAGUCUAAGGCGCCUACUCGACACGUACAAAAAAAUCCCGCACCCUCACAACGUCAGCAAGGCGCUCUAUCAAGUCUACUACUACCUGAAGCAUGGUCGGCUAGACCCAGAACCAAGCUACAGCAUCCCCGCCUGCAUCAAUAUCAAACUACAAGAAGGUACAUACAUGUAG